AUGGAGGUGCAACCAGACCUUCUUCACCCUGACUCCCUUGUUGAGGUUCUUAGGUUUGGUUUUCCCUUGGACCCCGCUGCCUUUGUGAAGAAGGCCAUCUCAGUUGGUCAUCCCUUUGACUUCAAAGCUGAUUUACCGCCCGCUUUGAGACAGGUCGUUUGCAAAAAUGUCAGAGGCAGCGACUACAGCCUUGCUAAGCGUCGCUUGCAAUUUGUUGCAAAGUGGUCAGCUAGAGCGAAGGCUCUGGAAGAAAAGGAGAAGCAAUUGCACGAGUCUCUGCCGAAGCAUGUGCGUGAUACCUUGAAAGGCAAGCGUUUGCUGCUGUGGCAAGAGAUGAUCCAAGAGUACGACCUGCCGGACAAGAACCUGAUCAGCGAUAUGCAAGAGGGCUUUAAGCUUAGUGGCUGGCUCCCAACCUCGGGGGCAUUCCCUUUGCAAUCUAGGAGGCCUGAGUAUUCCUUGGAAACACUAAAGCUCUUGGCAGCAGGUCUCAAUCGUGUCACACUUGAGAAAGCCGAGAAGAGACAAGAGGAUGCGUUGGAGUCUCUUACGUGGGAAGAAACGCUAGCGGAAGAGGAUUCGUCUUGGAUCUGGAGGUGCAACGAAGAUGAUCUGGACUCCAAAGUUGUCGCUCGCAGGUUCGGGAUCCGACAGGGUCUCAAGAUUCGCGUCAUCGAUGACUGCACUGCAUGCGGCCUCAAUAACACUGUUGGACUGACCGAGCGCAUGGUGAUUCAUUCAAUAGACUUUAUGGCCUCUUUGCUUUCGCACGCCGUACGAGAGGCUGACCCUUCUUGCGGCCCCUUGUGUGGCAGGACGUUUGACUUGAAAAGUGCAUAUAAGCAGUUCGCUAUAUCCACUGCCGACCGUGAGUUGUUGAGGUUAGUCGUGAAUGUGGCAGGCUCCAAGGAGCGCGCCAUUUUCGGCUUCAACUCUUUACCUUUUGGUGCGGUCGGCUCAGUGGCAGCAUUCUUAAGGGUCAGCAUGUCUGUGUGGCAGAUAGGAGUUUUGGGGGCGCGUCUGCUGUGGACGUCGUUCUUCGACGACUUCAGUGUAGUCAGCAAAGCAUCCUUGGUUAAGAACGCGGGCUUCGUGGUGGAAAGCUUGUUCUCCCUGUUGGGACUCUCUUUUGCGAGGGAAGGGAAGAAGGCUCCGCCAUUUUCUCAACUGUUCCGCAUGUUGGGGCUUGAAGUGGACCUGUCGGGCUUCGAGCAGAGAGUCGUCAAGAUAGGGCACACUGAAGAGAGGAAGAUUGAGCUUCAGCAUUUCAUUCAGCAGAUCAAACUCGACCAAUCACUGGACUUGAAGACGGCUGAACGGUUGAGAGGGAGGAUGAACUUCUUCGAGGGCCAUUGUUUUGGGCGAGGACCAGCUCAAGCCUUACGCACUCUGGAUUUUCAGGCGAGAUCAGGUGCCUUGUGCAAAGGGCUGUCAAACGCAGCUGUGGAUGCCCUCGACACCCUGUCAGAGUGCAUCUCGUCAGCCUCCCCGCUUGAGAUUUCUGUCAGAUGCUUGAGAACGUGGUACUUGUUCACCGAUGGCGAGUGCGAUGCUAAGGCUGGGACUGGAGGCGUGGGCGGGAUCCUUUACGAUGAGGAUGGCAAGCUCGUGGAAGCUUUCGGGGCCCCCGUUCCUUCGCACUUGAUGCAAGAUCUUUUGAGGACCUCGGCCAAUCCCAUUUAUGAGUUGGAAAUCCUUCCAGUUUUGCUUGCGUACCGGCUAUGGUACAGACUGCUCGCCAACGCUCAAGUGGUGUGCUACCUGGACAAUGAUGCUGCCCGCUAUGCUCUUAUCAGAUCCUGUGGGUCUACAGCUCACGCAGCUGAUGCGGUGAGGGAGGUGAGGACACUCAAUUUGCAGUCUGCCUGCACCACAUAUUUCAUCAGUGCGUACAGUCUCCCUCCUAGGGAGCACCCUCGCUCGCACUACCGAGCAGAUGGUCACCAUCGCAGAACGGCCACGGAGCUGAGGCAAAGGGGCUGGCAGUCGUGGGAAGGCCACAAUGAGUGGCGACAUGGAGCGACGGAGUCGACAGGGUGGUGGCAUGGCUGGAAUUCGUGGACCGAGCGUACCGAAUGGCACUCUGAGGAGGCGGAAUCGCAGGGCGACGGACAGCCAGGCACCGUCAGUGAUGGCCCCUCAUCUUCCUCGGCUCAGGCUGUGAAGAUCCAGGCCCAAGACCAAGGAGAGCCACACAUGGAGGAGGCCGAUGUGCCGGUCCCUGCAAUUAAUCCAGUCGUGGACGGCACCGCACCUGACAUGAUGAACGAGGUACGGACCCCGACAGCUGACCCGGUGGCAUCGGAGACAACAACGGACGAGGAGGAGCUAAUCCCAGCAAAAGAGCAUGCCGCUGUGCAGCAUGCCGCUAUACAGUGUGGCCCGGUCACGUGUGACCAGGCCACACAGACAAGCGACAACGAGAGGCCAGGAAAGGCUGCACCUGGCAACUACACACCUCAGGGGCUGCCGCUGCAGAGCGUCGCAAUGAAGGCGGAUGAGCAUCCGAUUGAGGAGACAAGCGGUGAGGUCUGUGGUACACGAAGAGGAGGCGACGCACGUGGUGCGGUCAGGAGGGCCCAAACAAUCGGCCCCGAGAGGGUGCCGCCGCACCAGGGACUAAAUGCUGCGGCAAGGCUACGCCUGGGCAAAGCAAAGCAGCUUCUGGGCGAGCUCUUGCCUAGCAACCCGGGGGCGAGCCUCACGGCCUUCCAGAUGCAGGGACACUACAAGUUCAGGCACGACCUAUACCACAAAGCUCAGCAGGGUGAAGCCUACGACAUCCGGGGCCAGCACAUCGACAGCCCGCUCCUCACGGAUAACGUCGGUCGUUGGAUAUGGUCACUGGUUGGUGCCCUGCUGACGCAUGACAAGCUCGGACAGGUGCAGAGCUGGCAAACAGGAGGAGAUCUCGUUGAAUCCUGGAUGCACUCCCUAUGGACGACACAGGGUCAGGCUGAGCUAGACAUCCUUGCCGGCGUUUCCCGCCUCGCCAGCCACUUGCACGAUGGGCUGCAAAAUUUGCCCCGAGCACUGUAUCUCCAGCUGCAGUGGAAGACGCAUUGGCCAGAGUUUUUUCAGGCGCUCAUGCCAUACCUGUAUGUGGCAAGGCCGAGAUACCAGACAUACCGCCCAUAA